AUGGUUAAGGUCACCGCCGGCCAGCUCCGCGCGAGCAUGGACAAGAAGCACAACAUCAGGAACAUCUCCGUCAUCGCGCACGUCGAUCACGGAAAGUCGACGCUCACCGACUCCCUGGUGGCCGCGGCGGGCAUCAUCGCGCAGGAUGCGGCCGGCGGCGUGCGGAUGACGGACACGCGCGCGGACGAGGCCGAGCGCGGCAUCACCAUCAAGUCCACGGGCAUCUCCCUCUACUACGAGAUGGCUGAGGACACCCUGGCGCGCUUCGGGGCUGCCCGCGACGGCACCUCGUCGUACCUCAUCAACCUCAUCGACUCGCCUGGGCACGUCGACUUCUCGUCGGAGGUCACGGCAGCGCUCCGCAUCACCGACGGCGCCCUCGUCGUCGUCGACUGCAUCGAGGGCGUCUGCGUCCAGACCGAGACCGUGCUCCGCCAGGCCCUCGCCGAGCGGAUCAAGCCCGUCCUGGUCGUCAACAAGAUGGACCGCUGCUUCCUUGAGCUCCAGCAAAACGGCGAGGAGGCGUACCAGGCGUUCUGCCGCGUGAUCGAGAACGCGAACGUGGUCAUUUCAACGUACGAGGACAGCAGGCUGGGCGACUGCCAGGUGUCGCCGGUGAAGGGCACGGUGGCGUUCUCGGCGGGGCUGCACGGCUGGGCGUUCACCCUGUCCGAUUUCGCCAAGAUGUACGCCGCCAAGUUCAACGUGGACGAGGCCAGGAUGACGGAGCGGCUCUGGGGCGAGCACUUCUUCGACACGGCCACCCGCAGCUGGUCCACCCGGCACACGGGCUCCCCGACGUGCCAGCGCGGGUUCGUGCAGUUCUGCUACCAGCCCAUCCGGCAGAUCAUCCAAGCGUGCAUGAGCGACGACGGCGGCGGCAAGGAGAAGCUGUGGCCGAUGCUCCACAAGCUCUCCGUGGCGCUCAAGGCCGAGGACAGGGAGCUGUCGGGGAAGGCGCUCAUGAAGCGCGUCAUGCAGGCCUGGCUGCCCGCCAGCGCCGCGCUGCUGGAGAUGAUCGUCUUCCACCUGCCGUCUCCUGCCAAGGCGCAGCCGUACCGCGUGGAGACGCUCUACGAGGGGCCCCUCGACGACGCGUACGCCACCGGCAUCCGCAACUGCGACCCCGAGGGACCCCUUAUGCUCUACGUGUCCAAGAUGAUCCCGGCCAGCGACAAGGGCAGGUUCUACGCAUUCGGCCGGGUCUUCUCCGGCACGGUGGCAACCGGCACCAAGGUCCGCAUCUUGGGCCCCAACUACGUGCCCGGCGGGAAGAAGGACCUCUUCGUCAAGACGGUGCAGCGGACGGUCAUCUGGAUGGGCAAGAGGCAGGAGUCCGUCGAGGACGUGCCCUGCGGCAACACCGUGGCCCUUGUCGGCCUCGACCAUUUCAUCACCAAGAACGCCACGCUCACCAACGACAGGGCGGUGGACGCGCACCCCAUGAAGGCCAUGAGGUUCUCCGUCUCGCCGGUCGUGCACAAGUCCGUGGCGUGUAAGAACGCCGCCGACCUGCCCAAGCUCGUGGAAGGGCUUAAGCGCCUCGCCAAGUCGGACCCCCUUGUGGUGUGCAACGUCACGGAGACCGGUGAGUACGUCAUCGCCGGCGUGGGGGAUCUCCAUCUAGAGAUUUGCCUCAAGGAUCUGCGGCAGGACUUCAUGAGCGGCACCGAGAUCGUCGUUGGCCCGCCCGUCGUCUCGUACCGCGAGACGGUUCUAGCCAGGUCGUGCCGCACCGUCAUGAGCAAGUCGCCCAACAAGCACAAUCGGCUGUACAUGGAGGCCUGGCCGUUGCAGAAAGAGCUCGCCAAGGCCAUCGACGACGACGAGCUCGUCGGCUGCAAGGACGACACUAAGGUCCGCGCCAAAGUCCUGUCCGAGGAGUUCGGCUGGGACAAGGACGUGGCCAAGAAAAUAUGGUGCUUCGGUCCUGAGGCGACAGGGACCAACAUGAUGGUGGACAUGUGCAGGGGAGUCCAGUACGUGGGAGAGAUCAGGGACUCGGUGGUCGCCGGCUUCCAGUGGGCCUCCAAGGAGGGCGCGCUCGCCGAAGAGAGCAUGCGCGGCGUCUGCUUCGAGCUCCGCGACGUCGUGCUGCACGCCGACGCGAUCCACCGCGGCGGCGGCCAGAUCAUCCCCACGGCGCGGCGCGCCAUCUACGCCGCGCAGCUCACGGCGAUGCCCCGCCUCAUGGAGCCCGUCUACCUCGUCGAGAUCCAGGCGCCGGAGAGGGCGACGGGGAACAUCUACAGCCUCUUGAACAGGAAGAGGGGCAGCGUGAUAGAGGAGAGGCAGAGGCCGGGUACGCCACUGAUCAACUUCAAGGCCUACCUCCCUGUCACCGAGUCCCUCGAGUUCACUGAGAAGCUACGAGCCGAGACGUCCGGCGAGGCAUUCCCGCAGUGCGUCUUCGACCACUGGGAGGCCAUCAACUCCGAUCCGCUAGAGGAGGGAUCCAUGGCAUCGAAGCUCAUCGGCGACAUCAGGAAGAGGAAGGGUCUCAAGAACAUGAUCCCCCUAUCCGAGUUCGAGGAUAGGCUUUGA